UUGAAGAUGGACCUAAUUUUAGUAGUGCUCCUGCUGGUUGUGCUUCUGCUGCUCGCACUGGAAGUACGGGUACAACUGUCCAUCGCGUAUCGUGCCGGAAAGAAGUAUCCCGGACCAAGGGCGUAUCCGCUCUUAGGCAAUGCGCACAACCUGCUGUUCAACAACCAGCAGCAAACCUUCCAACUACCACGCACCUGGGCGAAGCGGUACGGCGACACGUACCGAAUUCUGGUGCGCGGAUUGCUCAACCUGAACGCCAUCCGUGCGAACGAUGUCGAACCGUUACUGUCCAGUCCGAAGCUGAUCGAAAAGGGCCUGAUCUACACGCUGUUGCACAACUUCCUUGGAAUAGGGCUGCUGAAUAGCACGGGACCGAAGUGGCAACAUCGACGUCGAAUCCUAACGCCGGCUUUCCAUUUCAACAUUCUGCCCAGCUUUUUGCUAACCUUCCAGGAAGAGUCCCGCGGAUUGAUUGCGCAAUUGGGACAGUUUGCUGAUAAAGGAACGUCGGUGGCAUUACAACCGGUGGCUACCAAGUUUACGCUUAACACCAUCUGUGAAACGGCUAUGGGUAUCAAACUGGACUCGAUGACAAUGGCCAAUGAGUACCGCAGCCGAAUAGAGGGUAUUGGAACGAUGCUGCUGGAACGGCUGAUGAACCCGUGGUUGUUUGAGGACUUCAACUACAAGCUGACGGGACUGCAGGCAAAAUUCAACAAACUGCUACAGCCCGUCCAUGCGUUCACCCGGUCGAUAAUACAGCAGCGACGCGAGCUGUUUCAUCAGAACGUGAGAAAUCUGGGCGAUUUUUCCGAAGAAAACAUCUACACCAACAUCAAGCAACGAUACGCGAUGUUGGAUACCCUACUGGCCGCGGAAGCGAAAGAACAGAUCGACGAAGAAGGCAUCCGCGAGGAGGUGGAUACGUUUAUGUUCGAAGGACACGACACAACGUCAGCCGCGAUCAUCUUCACGCUGCUUCUGAUUGCCCACAGUCCCGAUGUGCAGCAACGGCUGUACGAUGAGUUGCAACAGGUCGCCGUCUCACGGACCGAUCCAGAAGAAGAGUUCACCCAACGAGACUACAACGAGCUGAAGUACAUGGACAUGGUCCUGAAGGAAUCGCUCCGACUGUACCCCCCGGUACCGUUCAUAUCGCGAAACAUCUCCGAAGACACGUACUUCGGUGACCGGCUCGUCCCGAAGGAUACCCUCUUCAAUGUGCACAUUUUUGAUCUACACCGAGAUCCGGCCGUCUUUCCCGAUCCCGAGCGGUUCGAUCCGGAUCGAUUUUUACCGGAGAACGUCGAACGGCGCAGCCCGUACGCGUACGUACCAUUCAGUGCGGGUCCGCGUAAUUGUAUUGGGCAGCGUUUUGCUAUACUCGAGCUGAAAACUGUUCUCGCUGCUAUACUAAACAAUUUUCGUGUGCUGCCUGUUACGACACGUGAGGAAAUUAUUUUCGUGGCAGAUCUGAUACUGCGCACCAAGGAUCCAAUUAUGGUUAAGUUUGAGCAUCGUCGUGGAGAUAAUUCUAGCUAA